GCCGUUAGAUAGUGGAAUCCAAAACCCGCAGAGCGUGUUAAAACCCUAGAGCCUGGCUUCAGUACAGGAGAUGUCUUCUCUAUUAUCUGGCCGUUGGUAAGAGCAACGGGGAAAAACAAAAGGAAGAGGUUCAAUCCUCUCUUCGUCUGUUCUUUGAGCCCUCCAGCUUCCUUCUCAAGAACCGGCGCUGCUAUUUCCUUUUGCAACUGAGCUUCACAACAGCCGUUCUGAUUUUUGUUGAAGCCUUAAAUAUUUUUCUUUUAAAUGGCGAAAGAAAAUGAAGAUUCGACCUUGUAUAAUGAGAAGCCAAUUCAAAAUGAUGAAAUGGGUGAUACUGAUAGAGAAGAAUCCGAAUCUGAGUUCGAAUCAGAGGAGGAAGAUUGGAAGUUGUCUGAACCUUCAAAGAAUGCCAUAUACAACAGAGAUGGUCUCAAUGAUAAACUUCAAGAUAUUAGCUGGCCAGAGAACGCGGGGUGGAUACACAAGCUUUCCAUUGACAUUGAUCAAGAGCAAGAGGUGGAUGUGAAUGAUGACCUGGCAAGAGAGCUAUCUUUCUACACACAGGCAUUGGAGGGUACGAGGCAAGCCUUUGAGAAGCUCGAGUCAAUGGGACUCCCUUUUCUCAGGCCUCCUGACUAUUAUGCUGAGAUGGUGAAAUCAGAUGCUCACAUGCAGAAAGUGAAGGGUCGGCUGCUGGCAGAGAAGAAAAACAUUGAGGAGUCUGAGGAGAGAAGGAAGGCUAGAGAAGCCAAGAGACUAGCUAAAGAGGUUCAAGCACAGAAACUUAAAGAAAGAGCUAUGCAGAAGAAAAUGGAGAUAGAGUCAGUUAAGAAGUGGAGGAAACAACGGCAGCAAAGCGGGUUUGCUGGAGGCGACAAAGGUGGUGAAAUGAACUUUCCCUUUGAGGAUGGAAAGGCAUUUGAAAGGUCAAACAAGAAGAGACCAUGGGUGUCUCCAGGAGACCGGUCUGGAGGAAAAGCAAAACAAGACCGAAAGCAGGGAAGCAAAGGUAGAGUGGCUAAGAAACAAAUGAAAAGGGAAGCAAGGGACUCCAAAUUUGGCUAUGGGGGAAGGAAAAGUUUGAGGAAGCAAAAUGCCGCUGAUACCACUGACAAUUUGCGAGGCUUCAACAAAGGUGAUGUGCAAAAUAAGAAAAGAAAGAGGUGAUAUGCUUACUUUUGAUUUUGCUUUAUGCAAGAUUUAUGAUAGUCUAAUUCUGUUUCAACUAUACUAUUUAUUUGCAAUCACUUUUGGAAGGCAUGUAAUAGCGUGGAGCUAAUUUUCUCUUUUGAAUUCAUGUAACUUUGAGCCCGUGGCAUUUUUGGUUCUAAAGUGAUGACUCCAGUUUCCGUUAUAAUUCCAUAGCUCUUUAAUUUGC